ACGGCCCACCGCCUGGGCGCCACCUGAACGGUUGAAUCUGAAGAAUCCAACGAUACACUUACUGCAUAUUAAAUAUUAAAGGGCUCAGGAAUGAACUCUGUUCCAUAUCAAUAUAUAGGUAUUAUCCACCAUUUAUUUUCUUCUGAUUUUUCUCCACCAUAUACUAGUCUUUGAAUAUCAUCUUAGUUUCCUGUAUGUCUUUGGUUUAUUGAGUCUAUGGCUGUUAAAAGCAUGGAAAUUUCCAGAAAAUUUGAUGUUCUUGAUGUUGGAAAAGUAGUUUCAGAGGGAAAGAGAAGCGGGAAUCUUGUAAAACUGGAAUCCGAGGUUGGGUUUAGGAAUGGGUACAUUCCAGAAUGGAUGCUGAUUGAAAUUCUGUGUAGAUUGCCUGCCAAGUGUGUUUUCAGGUACAAAUCUGUUUCAAAGCAGUUGCUUUCUUUGAUUUCCGAUCCUUCCUUUGUUCGUUUCUAUGUUUCUCGAUUUCGAGAAAAUCCUUGGACACUUCUUUCUAGUACUCUCCAUGUCGACCCCUCCGGAAACUCUAAUUUCCCCAAACAUAUGUUGUUGUCGGCCGCGUUUUCCGGUGACGAGAACUGCCCUACUCUCUCCGCAAUUUCAUUCCCCGGUUCACCGGAGGUUUCGGCGGGGCAGAGCUAUAACGUCGUGGCGGUUAGCGAUGGGUUUGUACUGUACGCUCAGCGCGUGUAUUUGGAGUGCGGCGUUACCACGCUGACUAACUACACUGUCUACAGCCCCACGACGGGGCAAUGCGUGGCGCUUCCGCCGCCGUCGCGGCGGUUCAUGUUGAGCACCGCCGGUUUCGUGACCCGAGUCGAGGGGGGCGCUCUGAGGAGCUUCAAAGUGGUGAGGCUCGGCUGCUGUCUCAGCCGCUGCCACGCGCUGGAGUUGGAGGUGUUCUGUUCCGAGAGCGGCGCGUGGAACGACGCCGUGGUUCGCACGGAUCAUGAAAUCGAAAUCGCCUGGCGAAGAACGCCGGCGUCUUUCAACGGGAAUUUGCACUGGGUCGAUCGCCGGUUAGGGAUUGUUGCUUACGAUCCUUAUCACGCGCCGGAUCGUUGCCGCAUCAUCGCGUUUCCGGGCGGGAUUGAUGAGCAGUGUAACAACUCCAUAUAUAACGGGAUUCCUAGUCUCUGCGUUGGACAUCAGGGAAAUUUAUGGUACCUCGAAGUCCUGGUUACAUCCGAGGAUGAUUUUCAGUUUUCAGGUUUCUGUUCCUGGGUGCUCGGGGAUUACGAGGACUCCAAUAGUUGGUCAUUGUAUCAGAAAACCAAGAUCAACGACAUCUCAUUUGACGAAAACCUGGAUAUUGACGUGCUAGUGGGGUUCAUCCCUGUUCCAAUCGCCUUCCAUCCAUUUAAUCCGGACAUGAUUUACUUAGGAUGGGGCGACAUCCUCGUCUCUUACAACAUGAAGACGAGAAAAUUGGAAGCUGUUGAUAUCCCAAACGGAGAAACGCUUCGGAACGGUGGCCUGAAAGGGGAGCCUUGUUGGUGGCAGACAUCCCUGUUUGUGCUCCCGACAUGGCCGACAUCCAUUGCUUAUGAUCCGAAAAGUGAAGUUAUAUAUUAAUUCUUUAAUGAUCCUUAAAACAUUCAUAAUAUAUAUGUGAAUUGUGAUCAUAUAUUUUGUUUAUGACUUUUAAAGUUUGGUUGGUAGCUUAUUAUGAUUCAUGUAACAGGAUUUGUUAUAUUAUGUAGUUUACUAUGAACUCUCUACGGUUUUGGUUUUCCAUCUAGUUGUAUUGCAACUUGCAAGGCAUAAACCGUGAUGGUAUUUUUGUCUGUAAAAUUAAAUAUGUAGAAGUAGCUUUCCCAAA